CUGACUCUAAUGACAGUGACAUGUUUGGAAAAUCGAUUUGUUUACAACCUACAAGCCCACCCUUAAAUUUCCAAAAAACCAAAGCAAAAUUACCAAAAAACGUGCCAAAGUCGAUCGAACAAAGUGCCCAAAGCGUAAAAUGUCCCUGGAACAAACCGCUUGCGAAGAUUUAAAAGCCUUCGAGAGGCGCCUCACCGAAGUGAUCGCUUGCUUGCACCCAUCUACGACAAGAUGGAGAAUUGUUUUAGCGGUGGUGUCCUUAUGUGUGGCCACUGGGGGCAGCCAGUGGAUUUUCGACCCUGACACCCGAGUGGUCUCCCUCUCGCAGUCCCUGACCAACCACCCAUUCUUCAUUUUAUCCACCGUGAUUCUCAUUAUAAUUCUGCUUUUGGGAGUUCACAAGCGGGUCAUCGCGAGCACCAUAAUUACCGCCAGGACUCGCGAGGUCCUGAGGGACUUUAAUAUGUCCUGUGAUGACACCGGGAAGCUCAUUUUACGACCCAGGCCCAAUAAUAUAACAUGACACCUAUUUUAAGUAGAAAAUGUGUUUGUUUGUUUUUUUUUUUUUGGUUGAAUAAAGCGUGUUUUUAUUAGAAA